AUGAAUGACAGUUUGGAUGUAACAAGAUUGUUGGAAAAAUAUAUUUGGGGUUUUCUUUUGGCCCUAAUAGAUAAAAAUAGAAAAAAAAAAAUCUUGUCAAAAAACAAAAUUGUAGAAAUAACAAGGUUAUUUUAUAUUAUCGAAACAGUUUCGAAAAAUAUAAAUGAUAAUGUCCAUGCUACAUUGAGACAAAUAUUUUACACAAAUCCACAAUUGUUCACUUCACAAAAUGUUUCAAAUAUAACGCUUGGGAAAUUAACAAAAAUUAUAAAAAAACCCAGAGAAUUACUAAACAUAUAUAAUUCUCCCAAAGGAAUAAUUAGAGGAAAUAUUUUUCUGCUGGAAAAAAAUUCAAGCCCAUGGGUUGACUGUAUGAACAUUUUUGAGACAAGGGGUCAUUUGAUAUGCCCCUUUGGAGUGUCUGAUAUAAAAAUCUCUCCUGACGUCAAAUAUGUUUUGAUAAUAGAAAAAGAAACUAUUUUUUUUAAGUUACUUCAGUCAAAUUUCAUAUCAAAUUAUGGACCAUGCAUUCUUAUAACAGCCAGGGGAUUUCCAGAUCUAAAUACUAGGCAACUUCUUUAUGAAAUUCGCAGAUAUAAUAAGGACCUUAAUAUGUUCUGUCUAACCGAUUACGAUGCUUACGGGCUAAGCAUUGCUUUCACCUAUACCUCAAAAAAGGAGUCUAAAAUUUACUACGUAGAUGAUAUAUCCAUUGAUAAUUUAUUCUGGUUGAAUUUGUUCCACCCGGAGGAAGGAAUUAAAAAAAAAGUUUUAAAAGAAAUUGAUAUAAGUAAAUUGACAUCACGGGAUACACGUAUAUUGGACAACUUUUGUAUGGCAGUAAAAAAUAACAGCAAAUUUAGCACUAAUGAAAUUAAGAGUUGGAUGAACUAUGCUAACCAAAUGAAAAAGUCUGGAAUGAAAUAUGAAAUAGAUGCAAUCCAAGAUGUUGAGAAGCACCUAUUCACAAGGAUAAGAGAAUUCCUCUGA